ACAUUCACUAGUCUGAGUUUGUUGAGAAGCCUGAAUUCAAAAAGCAUCCCCAAAUUCCAAUCACAACGUACACCAAACCAUGGACGCCAUACGAAAACAAGCUCUCAAGCUCAGAGAACAGGUCGCCAGACAACAGCAGGCUGUUCUCAAACAAUUUGCUGGUGGGCUUGGAGGUUCAGAAGAUUUACUAGCCAAUGAAAUCGAAUUACAGCAGCAUCAAAAGCUUGAAAAGCUUUACAUAUCUACCCGAGCUGCCAAGCACUUUCAACGUGACAUUGUCCGUGGUGUCGAGGGUUUUAUUGUAGUUGGAUCAAAGCAAGUUGAAAUCGGUACUAAACUAUCUGAAGACAGCAGGAAAUAUGGUGCGGAGAACACAUGCACCAGUGGUAAUGCUCUGUCCAAAGCAGCAAUGAGUUACAGUAGUGCUCGUAUGGAUAUCGAAAAGGAAAGAGAAAAUCUCUUGAAAGCCCUUGGCACACAGGUUGCGGAACCUUUAAGAGCUAUGGUUGUUGGAGCUCCUUUGGAGGAUGCUCGACGUCAUGCUCAAAGAUAUGACAGAGUCAGACAAGAAGCUGAAUCUCAGGUGAUUGAAGUUGCAAGAAGGCAGGCCAAAGUGAAGGAAUCCGACGGGAAUCCUGAUAACGUGUCAAAAUUCGAAGCUGCACAAGCUAGACUUCAGGAGCUAAAAUCAAGCAUGAAUAUAUUGGGUAAAGAAGCCGUUGCUACCAUGUCAGCUGUGGAAGCUCAACAACAGAGGUUAACGCUUCAACGCCUCAUAACCAUGGUUGAAGCAGAGAAGCAUCACUAUGAGAAAGUUGUUCAUAUACUUGAUCGACUCGAGGACGAGAUGUUGCAAGAACGUCAAAGGAUUGACGCUACUCCGACAGCAGCAGCGGUUUUGCCACCUGAAGAUGAAUCCAAGAAUAGUGUAUCUGCUCCUCAAAGAAACGGCAACUCUACAGAUAAUAUGGACUACUUUCUUGCAGAGGUCAUACAUCCAUAUGAAGCAGAGUCGGAUGCUGAGCUGAGUUUAACGGUUGGGGACUACGUUGUUGUUCGAAAGGUGUCAACCAAUGGUUGGGCUGAAGGCGAAUGUGAAGGGAAGGCGGGUUGGUUUCCGUUGGAAUAUGUAGAACGCCGAGAUCGGAUUCUUGGUACCCAGGCGGCUGGAGUUUAGUAGUUGCCUUAGCUAACCUAUUGUUCAUCAUUUAGUAGGAUUCUAAACAUAUGUAGUUCUUUUUGUAACUUUUAGGGUUCUAGUUUAGGCUUCUGCAUUCAUCCUCAUCGUUUAACUUUAGACUUGGCAUCAACUCUCUAUGUGUUACUUUUUGUUAAAUUGUUUGUACCGUUUACUUUUUAGCUCGAAUUUUAGUGCGUUGUCGCGGCCA